AGAUAUCAUUCAGAAAGCUCACAUAGCACACUGAUAAACUAAUUUCUCAUUAACAUAUUUGUUACGUUUGCAAUUAUUUUUAAAUGUAUGCUGCAAAAUAGAAUGAAUAAUUUAAAAUAACAGUCGAUUAAAUUGUAUCGAUAUAUUCACAAAGUGUCAUCAAAUAUAGAUACAUAUAUCGGUAAGUGUUUCUUACAUCACUACUAAAAUCACGUUGUCGAAUGAGGGUUUGAAAGAAGAAAAAACACACGCUCCCACAACACACAUUUUGGAGUAUUUCGUGCAAAAUUACGUUUUGAGUGGGUGUCAACACAGUGAAUUCAAAUAACACAUUGACAUGUCUUGGUUAUUGGGAAGAAAUCGACAGCAGCCGGCGCCGGAGUUUAGCGGUGGAGCAGAUGGAGGUGAUAAUCCAGAGGGCAAAACUGCCGGUGAACGUGGAAACGAUGCUCAGCUAACAAAAGCUGAACGCAAGGCAAUGGAGGCAUAUCGCUUUGAUUCCUCGGCCCUAGAACGUGCAGCAGACGCGGCCAAAACCCUAGAGCGUUCAAAACAUGCGCGGGAGGCACUGGAGUUGUCCAAGAUGCAGGAGAGCACACGACAACAGGAAUAUAGCACCAAGGUUAAAGAAUACGAGGCGCACAUCGAGCAGGCCAAGGUGGAACAGAAGCGCAUUGAUCAUGAGGAGAGGCGCAAAACGCUCAUUGAGGAGACCAAGCAGCAGCAGCAGCGGGCCCAAUACCAGGAUCAAUUGUCUCGCAAACGUUAUGAGGAUCAGCUUGUGCAGCAGCAGCGCGUCCAAGAGGAAAAUCUACGCAAGCAGGAGGAGAGUGUACAGCGCCAAGAGGCCAUGCGACGUCAGACCAUUGAGCAUGAGAUUGAAAUGAAGGAGAAGAACCGGCUCAAGCUGCUGGAGCACGAGCUGCGCGCCAAGGCUCGCGUGGAUCGCGAGAAUCGCGACCUCAAUCUCGAGAAGAUUCGACUGAAAGCACAAGAGCAUCGCACCACAGUGCUGGAGGGCAUACGGACUGCUGGCGCAGUGUUUGGUGCUGGCGCCGAGGCCAUGCUGACCGAUUGGGAUAAGGUGUUGACUGCAGCCGGUGGUCUGUCGCUGCUCGCCUUGGGCGUGUACACUGCAAAGGGUGGCACUGGUGUCAUCUCGCGAUACAUUGAGGCGCGCAUUGGUAAACCAACGCUUGUGGGCGAAACUUCACGUUUUGCGUUCCUCGACGCACUCAAGCAUCCGGUGAACUUUAUGAAGCGACUGCGCGCGAAGCCAACGGAUGCGCUGCAGGGCGUUAUCCUCAAUCCCAAACUGGAGGAACGUUUGCGUGACAUUGCGAUCGCCACGAAAAAUACGCGCAUCAAUCACGGCCUCUAUCGCAACGUGCUGAUGCACGGACCGCCUGGCACGGGCAAAACAAUGUUUGCCAAGAAGCUAGCCGAGCAUUCUGGCAUGGAUUUUGCCAUUAUGACGGGCGGUGAUGUGGCGCCCAUGGGCAAGGAGGGGGUGACGGCCAUACACAAAGUGUUCGACUGGUCGCAGACCUCAAGGCGUGGUCUCUUGCUGUUCGUGGACGAGGCGGAUGCUUUUCUGCGCAAGCGUUCGUCGGAGAAGAUUUCGGAGGAUUUGCGUUCGGCACUGAAUGCAUUCUUGUAUAGGACAUCCGAACAGAAUCCGAAAUUCAUGCUUGUGCUGGCCUCGAAUACGCCAGAGCAGUUCGAUUAUGCAAUCAACGAUCGUCUCGACGAGAUGGUCGAGUUUACGCUGCCCGGUCUGGAGGAGCGCGAACGUCUCCUGCGCCUCUACUUUGACAAAUAUGUGCUGCAGCCAGCGGCAGCAGGCGCCAAGCGUUUUAAACUGGAAUCCUUUGACUAUGGCCAAGCGUGCGUUAAGAUGGCUGCACUCUGCGAAGGCAUGUCUGGCCGUGAGAUAUCCAAGCUGGGCGUCUCCUGGCAAGCCGCUGUAUACGCCUCUGAGGACGGUACGCUUACCGAGAAAAUGGUGCUCGACAGAUGCACCGACGCUGCCCAGCAGCACAAACAAAAGAUGGCCUGGUUGUCUGAGCAGGAGCGCGCUGAUCAUAAAUCUAUAACCGGUGGCUCGGCAGCCGCUAAACCUCCGCUGACACUCACUGCCAACAAACUGUGAGCAGGAUUAGCUGGAUGUAUCUGUUGACUAGCAUUCAGAAAUUGUUUAGUUUUUAAAAUGGACUUAGGAUUAAGUGCAAAACGCCUCAUUGGGUUCUUUAGGGUGUACAUAUAUAUAUGUAUAUAUACGUAGCAUUGUGUGUCCAAAUGCAUUUACAAUUGUACAAAAAUAUUGAAAGUCUUGCUGAAAGCAGAGAUACAAUUAAGUUUUACCUACUGAUAAUUGUAUUUAACUAUAGCAUUGCAUCUUAAUUGUUACUUGUACAGAGUAUAUUUGACAGCCAUUGCAUUUGCAAAUCCAAAGCUUUGUAUGUAAUCUUUAAAAUUAAUGCCAACUGCGAAGAGCAGCAAUUUUCAACUGGUCGCGCCAGCACUGUGAGAGAUUUAUAUUAAACUUCUCGCUGGCGUUGCCAAGAAAUUCUACUAAUUUGGCCAGU